CGCACUACAGUGGUUGUUGUGAGGAAGCAACGCCUUGUCCACAAGGUAUUACAAGCAGCAGCACGCCCCGUGGGGAAGAAACAAGCGGUGCAGGCAAACCAAGCCAAUACCAUGCGGAUCAAUCCGGUGCGAUCCGGUGCCGCCACCCGAAGCCUUUGCCGGACGCUGGCCGCACUCCCYCUCCUCUCGGCCCUCGCGGGAACRGGAACAGCGACGACCGCCUCGGCAGUGCUCGCGUUUUCCACCAAUCCCGGAGCGCCCACCGCACACCAGAAGCAGCAACAGCAACAACAACAACAGCAACAACCAGACCAACAGCAAGACCAGCAAUCCUUUGUCUAUCGGCUCGGGAAUUCGCUCUACGUCCCGCUGACCUCCCGGUGCAACAGCCGAACGCUCCCGCAGACCCGCGGAGAGAACUUUGUGCUGCCCGUUUCCGUGGUGGCAUCUCUCGGCAAGGUCCGGUGCGUCGAAGAGCAGCAGCAGCAAGGCAGCCCCGGCGACUCCGCGCAAGCCUACCACGAGCUGCAGAAGAACCAAAGGGAAGGGCUCUUGCCUCCGAAAAUAAAACUUCCACCGCCACCCCUCGGUCCGGUCGCUUCGUUGCCACCCGUAGCAGCAGCAGGCGAAGAACCAACACAGCGGCAGCCAACCGUCGAUCGGCUCGUUUGGGAAAUCCAGCAGGCACUGGAGGAAUCUCCGGAGGACGCAAGCAUCGAAUCGAUCGUGAUUUCCGGAGAGGGGGAGCCCACCCUGCGGCUCGGAGACCUUUUCGAACUGGCCCGKCGGAUCCGGUCCCUUUCGGAGGCACCGGCCGAACCAAAGGCGGCGCGUCGUUUCCCYCCCGCGAUCCGGCUGACCACCAACGGGCUGGUGGUGGCUCGCCGUGGUGAUGAUUCCGUCCCGCAGCUGCUCUGGGACAGCGGCGURUCGMGCGUCAGCGUGGCGCUGAUGACCUGGGAGGCCGGCCAGUACACCGACCUGAUGGCCCCGUGCGUCGGAAGGGCCCCCGGCGGCGGCGACGACGAAGCCUUUGAACGGGUCCGCRCCUUUUGCUCGGCCGCGGCGGGGGUCGAAGGGAUGGAGGUGGAAACGACGGCCGUCGACCGACCGGACGUCGACAAGGAACGGACCGAGGCCCUCUCGAGGGAGCUGGGGGUCGCGGCCCCCGUGCGGUGGAGGCCCUACCUUCCGUGACCGAGGCACGGGCGUUGGCCGUACGCAAAUGCGCCGAAYGAGAGAGAGAUCCGCCCAAGGACUGGACUCGCAGAGCACGAAGCUUCCGUGCCGUGUCUCCGGUUCUUUUUUUCCGCAGCAGGGUCCAUUUGCCUUGUGGYUUCCAGAGACGGCGGGAUUGGGUCUGCCGAUUUCGCGUCAGAAGACAAUGGGCGUGCACCCAAACCAUGCUCCAAGGKAGUCACGAAAAUCCAUCCGUUCUCCCAUGGAGCAACGACGCCUCUGUUGCCCCGAGCACAGAYCCAUUUUCAACAGGAUUGCAAUCUACCGAUUCCGACGUGUAGUCAGUAGUACUGUAGCUAUUCUCCGCUCCUCAACUAUUGAGGCAUCGAUUCGAUCUUUCAUCUUUAUCCUACCAACAUACCUGUCUGCGAGUAGUUUCCCACUGCGUGGAUUUUGGUGACAGAAAACAGGCAGCAGUCGUAACAACAAUCUAAGAAACAAUCGCACAAGAAUGAGUUUCGCAAUCCUGUUGCCUGCAUUUUCAAAUAGAGACGAAGGAGACUU